ACGAGUCGCAUAGAGCGCGCUGUCUCUUCUGGGGUUGGGACAACCGAAGCUCCAUUCAUUCUACCCUCCUAAAAAAAUAUAUCCCCGAGCGCAAUUCUGCUGCAAUUUUGAAACAAAUACUAUUUACAAUUGUGUAAAUAUUGGAAAACAUGACCCGGGCUCAUUGCAGAAUCAAUACGUUAGUUUGUGAUAGUAAUUUGGCUGGUUUGAGAAACGCCGAUCGUUGACUAAUGGUCCGGGACCUCUCUUCGCCGAUGGGGUAGCAGCUAGCUGGAUACGAAAACAGCGUCAACUCCGUGAGCAAGGGACAGCCUGUCCAAGCCUUCCGUGGUGAAAAGGUUCAGCAACCAAGUGCUGAACUAGCCUUUUCCACUUCAACAAUCCUCCUUGUUUGACUGAAUUAUGUACCAGGUGCAGGGGAAAGGGGAAAGGGCUGUUGCCAUGGUGCUGAAGGAGCUUCCGGGUAAAAAGGCAUCCUCAGAAGGAAACCCCCUCCUCACCGUGACAACCAAGCUGGUCGGUGAGCAGCAAGAGAGCCGCCCGCUGCUGAGCCCCUCCAUCGACGACUUCCUGUCAGAGAGCCGCAUCGAUGGCCCUGUGGUCCGGCCGGUCACCUCCAACACAGCAGUUCUAUCCUCAGCCCUUGACCUGGUGGACCUGAGCGAGCCCAGUGAACGCAGUAGCAGGAAGGUCAGCGUCAGGGAGCGUCCGAGCCCCUCGGGGCCCCGUAAGGGAAAUUCUAAAAACAGCCCACGGAGAGGGAAUAGACGAGAUGAGACAGAGCUCAUUCAGGUGGAGUUGGAGCGCGCAUCGAGCGCUCGCACCCCACGAGCCCCCGAGAGGGUAUCCCUAGAGUCAGUCAGUUCCUCUUCUCCUUUGGAGAAAUGGGAGGAAGUGAAUCUUCACCCUGAAGGUGCCCUGAAUGACAGCAGGAAGAGACGAUACGAAAAUAAGUGCACCUCACACCACUCCUCCAGUGAAUUAAUAUGGUCAGCAGAGUUUAAAACAAAUCCAUCUGUGAAAAACUCAUUUGAAGUCAAUAGCAUUGAUGACGAGGACCACAUAUCAGCACUAAAGGACCCAGUACCUCGACAAGUGCGGCCCAGUCUCCGUCACCUCUCGGGCAGACAUCAUUCCCAGGAGGAGGAGUUUGUAAGGGCAAAGGCUGCUGUAGAGUCGGACACAGAGUUCUGGGAUAAGAUGCAGGCAGAAUGGGAGGAACUGGCUCGCAGGAAUUGGCUCGAGGAAGAAAAUGAAGGCCCGAUACCACCCAGCAGCUCUCCAAUUGAGAAGGGCUACUACUUUCACACCUACAACCCGUACAAAGAGUGGCCCAAUGCUUUUGAAGAAGGGCAGCAGAAGGCCAGAGAUGGAGACCUGAACAAUGCUGUCCUGCUACUGGAGGCGGCCAUUUUGCAGGACCCAUCGGACUCGGAGGCUUGGCAGGUUCUGGGCACCACACAGGCCGAGAAUGAGAAUGAGCAGGCAGCCAUCGUGUCACUCCAGAGGUGUCUAGACCUCCACCACAACAACUUGCCGGCCCUCAUGGCCCUGGCGGUGAGUUUGACCAACACAGGCAUGCAACAGGACGCUUGCAAGGCCCUGCACCGAUGGAUCUGCCACAACCCCCGUUAUAAACACCUACUGCCGGGGAGCCGGAGCCCACUCCUGCAGGGGUCCCCCACCACACCGCGUAGGGGUCGUCUCCAUACGCCAACCUCUUGCAGCCAGCUGGUGGAGGUCAAGGGAUUGUAUCAGGAGGCCGUCUUGCUGAAUACAGAUGGGGUGGACCCGGACCUCCAGACAGGCCUUGGGGUCCUGUUCAACCUCAGCUCUGAGUUUGACAAGGCUGUGGAGUCCUUCAAGUCAGCCCUGUCUGUCAGACCUGAGGACUACCUGCUGUGGAACCGCCUGGGGGCCACACUGGCUAAUGGGGACCAUAGUGAGGAGGCAGUGGAGGCAUACACCCGGGCCCUGGAGCUCCAGCCAGGCUUCAUCAGGUCCCGCUACAACCUGGGCAUCAGCUGCAUCAACCUGGGAGCGCACAAGGAGGCAGCUAGUAAUUUCCUGACUGCCCUUAACCAGCAGAGGCAGAGCCAGAGUCACCAAGUCAUGUCGGCUAACAUCUGGGCUGCCCUUCGGAUCGCCCUCUCCAUGAUGGACCGGCCCGAGCUCUUCCAGGCUGCGAACCUUGGAGACCUGGACCUUCUCAUGAAGGCCUUCGAAAUGGGGCGGGUUAUGUGACCACGUUUAGCGGGGCUCCUCAGAUAAACAGUUCGCUAAUUGGCUAGAGGGUUGCCAGAUUGGUGACCAAGAAUGGCUUCUGUUAAUGUAUAGCUAAAUUAAUGUCUGACAGAAGAGAGGGGGGAUUGUAGAAUAAUGGAGGUGUUCUAGUAUUUGAAAUGCCAUUAUAGUGGAAACAUUGGAAGACCUGAACCAACUUGGGAAAUAUACACACUCUUUUAAUUUAGACUGGCCUCCAGCAGCUGAAAUUAAGCUACAAUAACACAGCCAUAGAUCAAAUGGUAUUCCCCGUUUUGGUAUGGCACUGUAUACAACUUAUGCUGUGGGGUCAUAUACAAUGGGGUACUACUAUUUAUUUCUUAUCCCCGAAGAGCACAACGUUGACUGAGAAAAGGAAAAGACAAGAGUCUGCUGUAAAGUAGAGGAAAAACAAGCCAUGCAUGCCCGGCAAUCACAUUGUGAAAGAACUGAAGCCUUAUACUAAGUGAAAUGAUAUCAAAUGCACAAGUCGUAAUCACUUUUAUAGACAGCGGGUACUGAUGGUCAAAUUGUGUGUAAUAGUAUAGACUAGAGUCCUCUUGUGUAUAGUUUUUUCUCAUUUUGUACAUACCUGUAUUUAUUUGGAAUAUCACUUCCAUGCAAUGCUCCAAGUACAGUAUGUAAUAUAAGGCUGGUUGACAGGUCCGAUAGUCCGGAAAGUAAAUAAGCUAAUUUGGACAUACACACACGUUUUGUCGGUACACAGACUGCCUCUGGAUGAACAAUCAUUGUACCAUUUGGCGUGUGUGUGUGUGUGUGUGUGUGUGUGUGUGUGUGUGUGUGUGUGUGUGUGUGUGUGUGUGUGUGUGUGUGUGUGUGUGUGUGUGUGUGUGUGUGUGUGUGUGUGUGUGUGUGUGUGUGUGUGUGUGUGUGUGUGUGUGUGUGUGUGUGUGUGUGUGUGUGUGUGUGUGUGUGUGUGUGUAGCUUGAUUUUAUUUCAACCACUCUACAGCAAUAAGUGUCGUGUUUUUCCACAAUGCCCACUUACUAUUCAAGUAGUAACUACCCGCACACACCUGCUUGCGACACCUGUUCCAUCUGUUUUUGCAACAUCAGUCACAUGAAAGGAUGUCUGCCUCUCAUCUUUACUAGCAUCUCAGUAACAACUAGUGACGUUCAAACACGUUCAAACACUGCUUUGUGAUCCUGGCUUCAAAGUGUGGCAACAACCGCUGAAAAUGAAAUCCCUCUAAAGCAGCCUGUCAUGUUCAAAUGAGAGUGAUUAAGUCAACAGCGAGGAAAAAGCACUCAAAAGACCCGUUAAUACAAGUUAUGCAAGUCACCCGUUCGUUCAUUGGUUUUACGAAUCAGUGUUUGAUGAAAUAUGAUUUCAAGCAUAAUUCAUCUGCUUUUUAAGAAAUUCUGUUUUUGAGGAUAGAUUUUCCAGUUUUCUUUCUUACCAGAAAAAAAAGGUGUGGUGUUUAAAGUGAAUAUUGGUUUACAACUGAAUUGGUAGUGGACAUGUGUGUUGAAUUGACAGUAAAUUCCCUAUGCAAUAUACAGUAUAUUUGUAUAACAUUGACUGUUGUCUCAUAUUUGGUUCAAUUAACCAAACUCAUUUUUCUUUGGGAGUUUGAACUUCUGUCCACAUGCAAAGGCUAAAGACCAUUACGAUUAGUUUUUUUAAGCAUAUGUGUUAGUGCCAGGCUGGAACAAAAGCCUGUUCUCUGGAAGUGGGGUUGGAGAACCCUGAUUUACACUAACCAAUUCCCCAUUUCCUUAGAAUUUACUUUGGGUCUUUUUACCUUCUCAGAUUGUCAAUAAGUUGAAUGUUGGCCAUGGAAUUUGAGAAUGUUGGCCAUGGAAUUUGAGAAUGUUGGCCAUGGAAUUUGAGAAUGUUGGCCAUGGAAUUUGAGAAUGUUGGCCAUGGAAUUUGAGAAUGUUGGCCAUGGAAUUUGAGAAUGUUGGCUUGUGUAAUGUAGUAUAAUAAUAUUUAUUGACAUUGUACAGUACAUACAUACAAAUGGCAAAGUUACUAAACAGUUUCUACACUGUAAAUAGUGUGCACUGUAUAAAUUAAAGUUACAGCCUAAUUCUAAAAUGGAUUAAAUAAAAACAAAAUGCUCAAUCUACACACAAUACCCCAUAUUUACAUUUUAGCAACUGUAUUAAAAAUAAACAGAAAUAACUUCUU